UCGAGCCCCAGUCUCCAGACGCUGACGGAGGAGGGCAGCGCUUGGGGAGCUGGGGGGCGGAGCUUAGCAGGGCGGGCCGGGCCCCGAGGCUGCGCUGGAACCUCGUCCGCGGUGCCUGAGGGGUGGAAGCGAGGCGGGAGCCUUCGAGCCGAGCGAAUAGCUCUCCGCCUUGAAUUCAGGGCCUCGCCGGCCCAGCAGCCAGGUCCUCUCCUGGGGGAUGUGACAAGACUCUUCGCCCCGUAUCCUGGGGCUGCUGCUCCCGUCAGGUCCCAGGCAGGGGCUCCCGUUGCAUAGCGCCGCGUGGAUGAGUCCAUUCAUGCUACAUCCCUCUCAGAGUAGAGAUGGCGCUUGACAUUUCUCCUGAGUCCUGCCGUGUGAACUAAGGAAACUUCCCCGCCCCCGAUUUGUGGCCAUUCAUGUGGACCAUCCAUCACCACCUUGGUCUCUGUUGGCUGCUUAGAGCCCAGCUGCGCCCUGCAGCUCUCCUGAGCUUAAGGAGAGUCCUCAGCUGUGUUUUCUCUUGGAUGGAACUAUGCUAUUCUCCACAGAAGAUGGUAACGUUGAAGUAUGAGCAUGGAAAAGGGGAUAAGCUCAGUAGAAGUUCUACCCUCCAGAUCUUCACACACCACUGCAGUAGGGGAGAUGGUGAAAGAACACGAAGCAAAGCAAGCUCAGAAAGGGAGACGAGUGGGAUUUGUACUUGUCCAUGCAGGUGCAGGGUAUCAUUCUGAAUCCAAAGCCAAAGAAUAUAAGCAUGUGUGCAAAAGAGCAUGUAGGAAGGCAAUUGAAAAGCUACAGGCUGGGGCUCUUGUAACAGAUGCAGUGACUGCAGCGCUAGUUGAACUAGAGGAUUCACCCUUUACUAAUGCAGGAAUGGGGUCUAACCUCAACCUUUUGGGUGAAAUAGAAUGUGAUGCCAGUAUCAUGGAUGGAAAAUCACUCAAUUUUGGAGCAGUUGGUGCUCUCAGUGGAAUCAAAAAUCCUGUUUCUGUGGCAAAUAGAUUGUUGUGUGAAGGGCAGAAAGGAAAGCUGUCUGCUGGCAGAAUUCCACCUUGUUUUUUAGUUGGCGAAGGAGCUUUCAGAUGGGCAGUGGAUCACGGGAUACCUGCCUGCCCUCCAGGUGUCAUGGCAACAAGACUUAGUUUAGCAGCUUUUAAGAGGAACAAGAGGAAACUGGAAUUGGCGGAAAAGGUGGAAACCGAUCUUUUUCAGUUGAAGAAAAGAAGACAAUCAAGUGAAAAGGAGAAUGACUCAGGAACACUGGAUACCGUUGGAGCAGUUGUUGUUGACCAAGAAGGAAAUGUUGCUGCUGCAGUAUCCAGUGGAGGCUUAGCCUUGAAGCACCCUGGACGAGUUGGUCAGGCAGCUCUUUACGGAUGUGGGUGCUGGGCUGAGAACUUGGGAAUUCAGAACCCUUACUCUACAGCUGUGAGUACCUCAGGUUGUGGGGAGCACCUUGUACGGACCUUAUUGGCUAGAGAAUGUUCGUGUGCUUUGCAAAAUGAAGAUGCUCAUCAGGCUCUACUAGAAACUAUGCAAAACAAGUUUAUUAGUUCACCUUUUCUAGCCAAUGAGGAUGGUGUUCUCGGAGGUGUGAUAGUUCUCCGAUCUUGUUGGUGUUCUGCAGAGUCGAACUCUCCACAGGAUAAGCAGUCUCUACUAGUAGAGUUCCUGUGGAGUCAUACAACAGAGAGCAUGUGUGUCGGGUAUAUGUCAGCACAGGAUGGCAAAGCUAAGACCCACAUUUCAAGACUUCCCCCUGGAGCUGUGGCGGGGCAGUCAGUGGCUAUUGAAGGAGGAGUCUGUCGGCUGGAGAGCUCAGCAAGCUGAACCGCUCCUUGUCUGGUCAGCAAGCAGAGCACAAAUCCAUUAUGUAUAUUAAGCUCCUUGGUGUUUUAACAGAUGUUGAGGAUUUUACUCUCAUUUUAUACUCCUUAUUGCAACCACGUGCACCCUAACUUGAAACAAGUGCUGCUGUAGCUUUAUAUUCUUUGUUUGAAUGUAUAUGAGAAUUUGUCUCCCAGUGGAAUAGAAACUCUGUUCCCAGUUGUGCAAAUGAAAAUAAUGUAUGGAUAAUUUAAUGUUACGGAACAUUUUUAUGUGUUAAUUGGUUAGCCUAUAAGAAAAUUCCAAGGGAAAAUGGUUAAAAUUUGUGCGGUAGUAGCAAAUGUUGUUGUUUCACAUUGUGAAGCUCGAGGCUUCUGAGCUGCUUGGAAUACAGAAGUGACCAAAUGCUCUUUACAUUAUUUAAUAGUUUCAAUGGGUCCAGUGGUAUCUUAAACAUGUUCUUUUCGCAUAUAAUAUAUAUAAACAGUGAUUGGUUUCAGUGAAAUAAUUUGGAGGGGGCUAUGGCCUGACUUUUUGUUCAUACCUAUUCAGUUGAUGGUACUUUUUUGGCUUAAGUAUUGCAUACUUCAAGCAGUUAUAUGUUAUGAAAGGCUCUGUAAAGAUAAGGUACAGUCAUAAAGUUGUUACUUUGUGUAUAAUGGAAUAUUGGAAUGUAAAUAAGAACAAAGUUUAUUGGAAGAGUCAAUAUUAUUCCUUGGUUUAAAUAUAUUUUUAAGAGAAUGGUGUAGAAAUAAACAUGAUAUUACUGGAUAAAUAAUGUAAAGUGUAUUAAAUUGAUGAUGAAGAGGACCCUAAUUCUACCUUUCUUCGUCAGUUCUUUAAAUUCCAAAUUUGUAGUAAAGGUAUAUAAAUGUCUGCAAUUAUAUUUACAUGUUAUGAAUAUAGAGUUACAAGUGGCCUUUUGAAGAAUUUAUACAGCCAAAAUUCAUGAUAUUGCAUCAUUUUAUAUACCUGAUUCUUAGAUAUGAUCUUAUUGUUUCAGGAUCUUCAGCUGUUUAAUUGUUUGCAUGUUUACAGGGAUGUAAUGGCUAUAGAACAAUCUUAUUGAGUACUUGAUGAGCUGUCAAAAUAGACUAAGGGAAUUUUCUUGGAGAUUUUUUAUAUUGUGUUGAAAGAUGUUAUAUGCAGCCUUUAGAAAUAAUUACUUGGCAUCAUCCAACAUAUUCUUAAUCCCACAACCAACUUUCCUUGGCAAAUUGUUGUGCCAUCACUCUGUUUAACUUCACAAAUGAAACAUUAUUAAAAAUUGGUUUUAAUCAGUUUCAUUCUAUUUGAUAUGUAAAGCAUGAAAUCUCAGUGGUAAGAAAUAUCUGUUGAUCUUUUAUUCUUUCAGUUACGUAUUUGAACAUGAUGUCUGCUGGUUUGCUAAACUUCAUCACAGGAGCCUACAAGUUGUUGCCACAAUAGCUGCAUUUGGGUGUGUCUAGAAUCGAUGCACGAAACUUUAGCACUAAGCCUACCUGGAAAUGGGCUCAAUGCAGCAAUGCCACACAUUUAUCUUCUCACCCAGAACAGGCAUAGGGAGAACCAUUUUUGUCUGGUCUGAAAAGAUGCCAUUUUUUCACAGCACUGAUUUGCUAAACCUUCUGUCAAUCACACAGCUAACUUCCCUUCUUCAAAUCAGGGCUGUGUUACAGUGCUAAUUGGUGGCUUUUGUGUGUUGGUCACUGGAGCCUGAUGAAAGGAGAAGUGGAACGCCAUUUAAAAACAAUGCACUAUAAAAAAUGAAAUUCAAAGUGAGCAGCCUGCCUAAGGUGCAAGGAGAGGGAAUGAUAGUCAUGUUUCAGCUUGGAACCAGAUUGCAUAGACAAUGAAAAGCAAAUGUUUGGGAAGCUCACCCUGCAGCAGGGGGGUAGGGGAAACCCACAUUCUUGUUUGCAGGCUCACAAUUUUUACCCCCAACAUUUCUGCUUCUAGACAAAGGAAGCACAAUCUGUUUCUCACUCAUGAUUCCAGAUACUAUUUAUUCAUAGUAGUCUGAUGCCCGGCAGCAGAGAUCGUAAAUUGGUCACAUCAAACCUGUGAAAGAAGGGAAUUGGUUCCAUUGUUAAACUUUUUAAUACACAAAGCACCAUAUUUUGUUCAUUCUUGCGAUAACCUCAUGAGGCUAUUAGAAGAGAUCCAAACUACUGCUUGCUUCCCUCCAUUGUAAGAAUUGUCAGUUUACCCUUUGCUCUCUGUUCCUCAGCCAGUACCAACCCGCACAGGGCCAGUCUUAUUCACCCAGUCUUUAUAUGCAGGGUAAGUCCCUAACUCACCAAGGGUUUGACUACCCUCACCUGGUGUAGCCAGCCAGUCAAAGCCGUUCCUGUGGCGUGAUGCUUGAAUUACAUCCAAGUGCAAUUAGGUGCAAUUUCCCCCUUUACACUUUAGGACCAAUUAGAGCAUUUCUCCCAGAAAUCUCCACCACUCUCCAUAUUUAUUUACAAAAUAAUCUUGCAUGUGGGUUUGUCUCAAGAUAGGCUUGAAGAGAACUGAUUAUGUAGCUUUGUGUAAUGCCACGUUUCAAUGACCAGUGGCUUCAAUUCCACUGAGCAACCACUGAUCAAUCUACCGGUACAUGCUUUCUGUCUGAGCACUACCAUCUGAGUGUCUACAAAGCACAUUCGGUGGCAGGUGAUCCGAUGGGUUUCUAGUAAGUUCCAUGUAGUUAUAGAAAAAGAGGUGCCGGAACACACCAUGAACGCUUCCCUCGUUUUCUUAGAAUGGCAAUGAUGCCCACCUGAGAGGUGCCAGAACUGAGUACUGGUGAGUUCCAGCUGAAAAAAAUCCCUGGUACCAUGUAAGUAUUGCAUUCAAUACAUAGAGAAUGGAUGAAGAUAGCGCAAAGUUCACCUAGUGUUAGCAAGGUUUAGUUUUAUGUCAAGCAUGAACAGUUAGAAGAUCCAGAAUAUAAGGUACUAUAUUGUACUCCAUAUAUUGUACACUGAUAAAGAUACAGAGAGGCAAAACUAACAAUAUUAAUCAAGGAAUGACUCAUGGUAGAUAUUUGUUUAAUAUUAUUUGGUUUUCUUUCAUUAUAUCUACAAUAUAACAUAGAGUGAAAUAUAUACGUAUUUUUAAAGGUAAACAAUGUUUCUGUGCACUCUGGUUUCCGUCAUAGUGUCCCGUUGCAUCAGAAGCGGUUUAGUCAUGCUGGCCACAUGACCCAGAAAGCUGUCUGUGGACAAACGCCAGCUCCCUCAGCCUGAAAGCGAGAUGAGCGUAACUCCAUAGUUGCCUUUGACUGGACUUAACCGUCCAGAUGUCAUAUACCUUGAUUACCUUUUUUUAAAUGUGCCGAGUCUUGUUAUUGUUUAUCCUUUGGCUUCGAGGACCCCUUCUCUCUCUUUACUUUAUCCUGGGAUUUUAGUUUUAUGUAAGCCAGUAAGUGAUCCAGAUUGAAAAGCUUGGUCUGUGUAGCAUUCUGAGAAAUAAAAAUUAAUUAUUAGCACGAUGAGAUUUGAACACUAAAUGCUUGCUGACAAAGCCUUGAAAGUGCUCAUUUCACUGCCACUGUUAGGAUGUCAAAUGAGGGUGUGGCGUGAACUAAAGUUUAAUGAAUGGGCCAGGGUUCCUCACCUAAACUACUGUUCCUAGCAUCUUGGGUAAAUUGCCAUUGGCCUCGUUUCCCUUGAGAAAUGGGCCCAGAGUGUGCCUUUUAAUUUUAGGAACAAGAAAGGAUUAUCAAAGAUAAAUGAAUUCCAACAUAAUUGAAUUCUAGGGUCCCUGGCACCAUGUAAUUUUGGCUCUCGGCGGUAACUGAUAUUGUCCAAGGAGAAAUUACACACUUGUUGGUUGAAAUUAUAAAGGAAGGGCAAUAGAUGAAGUGCAUGUAAAUACAAAUUGCUUGUACACUGUUGAUUUAUGUUAAUCAAACACGCAAUUAGACUAGUCACGCACUAGACAGGUUGGAGCCGUGAUUUCCAACUGGUUUUUCUUAACAAGGCUUGGCCAUGCUCUGUAUGGUAUUACAUCUACAAUAAUAAUGUAGCCUAUUAUAAAAGGGAAGUAUUUUAGAAAGCUAUAAUAUAAUAUUAUAAAAGGGAAGUAUUUUAGAAUGCUAAGAGAAUUUUAGAAUGAAAAUC